AUGAUACGACGACGGCAUUAUUGGAGUGAAUGGGCAAAUUCAAGGUGCUGCGGUGCUGUUGCGGUCGCUGGGCUGGUGUCGCUUCUGGUGCUGCUACCGCCAUCGCUACCAGUCUUUGCUGUAACCAGCACACAAGAAAUGCCGGGAGAUUUUCCUAGUCGUGCUCCACUUGGGAUACUACUACGCCUAGCUACUUGCAGUGAGGGCGAACGGACACAGUUGUUGCAUAAGCGUCGUUCGGCUACGCAGCCUGCUCGUCCCAAUGUGGCACGACCUACACGCUCCAACACGUUGUUGAGAGCAAAUUUUCGGGGUGACGGGGGCGACAGGGCGCAUCAAUGUCGAUUCCGUUUGGCCGUCAGCGCGGGGGUUGGUUGGAGGGCGAUCGAUCCACACGGAUGGCGGAAGACGGAAGAUGGAAAAAAAGCAGGCAAUGGCAGGGCUUGGAAGAAGGAGAAAGGAAAGUCGAAGAGAUCCAUCAUCCGGACGAUGGUCGGCAGGAUGCUGGUUGGACAGUUGAAAGUGACGAUGUACAAGACUACAAGUUACAGUACAGUGAGCGAGCGAGCGAUAACCCACCCCGGUGCAUGCACAGCACAGGGAAGGUUCCGUGAACGUCGCCGAGUCGCGUCGUCUGUGCUGCUGCUGCUGCUGCACACACAGUUUGUGAAUAGUUCGUUCCACUCGCCAACGCGACAUCUACCAACAAACCAAGCCCACACACUCCUCACCAACCAUUCUUCGAAUCUUCUAUACUCCGUACAACAAGAUGAUUAUUUCACAGCAUCAAAUCGGUGUGAGAGUCAUUAUUAUUAUCGACCAAUUUCACUGAUUCAUCGUCAACUUGACCAUGCGCUGCACUGCGUACAACGUCGACAACGUAUCUCCGAACCAUCCCGCUUGAUUGCUGUCGAGAACCACCCCGUCGCUCUCGCCCUUGCCAAUGGCCCCCUUGCCAAUGCCUUGCCCUACUACCUCUUAUGCGAACGAGCAUCGUAAUGUCAAUCGACGUCCAUCACAAUUACAAAACAUCUAUCAUCACCCGUCUCGUCGGACCACUACCAUUCCGCGCUCCCAGUUUCCCUUGCCAGGCGGGCGGCGAGCCUAGACGUUCAGCCAGCCUACAAAUACACAUCAACCCCUGUCCUGUCCCGUAGGUCGCUCCGUGAGCCCACCACGUGGUUCUCCGCGUCGAAAGCGUCGUAGGUAGAGGGACAUCGUGGGCUGCAUCGGCGGCGAGUAAUAAUAAAUGGAAGCGGACCUGAUCGCGGGCGCAUCCCACCGGCGCUAGAACAAACUCUCCCAGUCUCCCUGCGACCAUGUUGUCUGUUGCUCUAAUUUGCAUUCACAUCAUAGGCUGAGGUCAACGGUCCGUAUUCGGCGCUCAUGGGCCCAAAGUAGUACCUAGGAACAGACUACUGCGUAGUGCGUUCUGCGUACCGGCUCUGCUCUCCA